AUGCAGCUGCGCGGGCGUCCCACCUUGGCUGCAGUUGCGAAUCUCCUUCUCGGAGCCACGAUCCUGGACACAUCCGCAAGGGCCGAGGACAUUUGGCUCACUUCCAUCCAGCCUUUCACUGGGGCCGACUGGGACGCCGGCAUAUCCAUGCGCAUCGGCGGCCAGAUCAUGUUGGAGGAAAUUAACAAUAAUCCUAACGUUCUGCCAGGCUAUACGCUGAGGGUUGCGUGGCAGGAUGGCCUGUGUGCCAGGGGUAGGGCUGUGGAGAUAUUCCUCAGGAACUUGUACGAUCGAGAGUACCCUUACAUUUUUGCGCCUGGCGUAGCCCUCGAGGACCUAAACACGGACAACGAAUCAGCCAUCACAACCGAAGAUGUAGAGCAGUUCUAUGAAGUGUGGAACGCCACGGUGGUGUCCUCGAAGUCUGUCGGUCUGUUGGGAUCUGGCUGCUCUGGCGGGGCCAUGGACAUCGCAAAAACUGCGUUCUAUGCACGGGUGCCCAUGGUGUCCAAUAGCGCCACACGCGGAUCUUUGAGCGACAGAAGUGCGUAUCCCAACUUCUUCAGGACCAUCAUGCCGGACUCGGUCUUCGGUGCAGCUUGGGUGGCCACAGCAAGGAAUUUGGGCCACGUCAGAAUAUCAGCCUCUUGCGGAGAAACGGCGCAAUGGGGAUCGGACGUGAUAAAGGUGGGCGUGGCUGCAGACGACCAAGGUGUGACUCUCGAAGGUCAGCCCUUCGAUGAUCUUGGCACGUGGCGCGGCUACCAGAUCAGCUCGGAUUCGGUCACUGCUGCGGAAGAAGCGGCGGGUCUCCUGAAGCAAGGUGCCAGUGAUGGAUACGUAUCCCGUUUUGUCAUUCUCCAGAUGUACCAGCCAAGGGCCAGGUUGCUCAUGUGCGCGGCCCACCAGAUCGGUUACAAGAAUGUGAUUUGGAUGGUUACGGGCUGGUUCACAGCGGGGUGGUGGUAUGAGUCGACCGUCAGCGGCUGCACGGCGGAGGAGGGCUUCCAGGACGAGUGGCUGUCGCGGCAGGGCGCCACUAUGGAGGACCUCGGCAUGCGGCCCGAGGGGUACACUCCAGCCCUGGAGGCAGCCACGACAGCAGACGCUGUCUGCAUGUAUGCACAGAUGCUGCACCAGCUGGUGGAGGUCGAAGGCGUCCAGCUUGACGACCUGAGAGAACGCACCCCCUCUGCCUACCUCGCCGUGAUGGACGCUUUUGCGGCGAGCAACUUCUCCGGCGUCAUCGGCCAGGUCAAGUUUGCGCCGAAUUCGCCUGACCCCGAGGGAUCCGUCAAGUUGGAGCAGUUGCAGAACGCGGGCACGUACAGGCAGGUGGAGUUCGCCUCGUUCCUGGAUGGGGUCCUCUCCUUUAGUGGCGUUGGUCUCAAGUUUGGUUUACCCAACGAAUCGGACAUUGUGGCCUUACCAGCAACUGUGACCCACUUCGCAACCUGCACGGGAGAGUUGUCUUUGGAUUUCGAGGCCAACGUGUGCGUGCCGUGCAGUUCGGAGCAGGUGUGGCUGCAGGAGGGCGGUUUCUGCGCGUGUGCAUCGGGGUAUUUCAAAAAUGCGGCAGGGGCUUGUGAGCUGUGCUCGCCAGGGACCUUCACCAGCACCCCAGGCUCGAGAGAGUGUACCAACUGCUCAGAGGGCCACUUCGCCGCGGCCAGCGGGCAGACUGCGUGCCAGGAGUGCACCCUCGGCCUGUACUCGAGCACGCCGGGCCUGUCGGCAUGCACGGCCUGCGUGGAUGAGGACAGGCCUGACAGCGACCGCUGGUCCACGUGGAAGUCAGACGGGUCUGGCGGGUGGCUGCAGAGCACGGGUGCGACGUCGAGAGAGGGAUGGUGUGGUUGCGACGACGGUUCGUACCUCGACGGGGACGUCUGCAGGAUCGUCAGCGUGCUUGACGCCAUGAAGGUCCCGUGGCCCUCGCCGUUCCGCGAGUGGCUGGCCGUAACGGAGGUGUUCGUGUUCAACACGGGCUCCAUGGGCCUGGAGUGCGUCCUGCCCACGAGCCCCAUCUGGGCCUACUGCGAGAAGCUUGUCCUGCUGCUCUUCAUGCUCUCGUUCGGCGAGCGCAAGGCGGCGCUCUACUGCUCCGUGGGGGCGGUGGUGUUCUCCGUCUUCAUCGCCAUCUCCAGGAUCAUCUUCGUGCCGUUCGAGUGCGAGACCCACCCCAACGGAGAGUCGACGCUCGAGCUGUCCCAGGAUGUCUUCUGCUACGACAGCGGCGACCACUGGGUCAUGGUCGCCAUCGCCAGCGUCGGAGCCGUGGUCCCCACAGGCUUCAUCGCGCUUGUGCUGUGGGUGCUGCACCAGCUUCCCAAGCGUGUCCUAGCGGGCGACACGAACUUCAUGAAGUGCUACACGUUCCUGUUCUGCCGCUUCCGCCCAGGUGGCUACUGGUAUGUCGGGGUGCUCGUAAUCCGCAACUUGCUCAUCGCCCUGGUGCCAAUCGUGGGCGACGCCAGGGUGCAGCUUAUCCUCGUCUUUCUCUUUCUGAUGCCGUCGAUUGUGAUCACUCCGCAUUUCUUGCCAUGGAGAAGCCCUAUCGGCAAUGUCAUGGAGGAGGGUUCCAACUUGGCCAUCCUGUGCAUCCUUUUCCUGGGGAGCCUUCUGCUGCCCACCACCGACCAGGCGGGUCUUGCGGUCGGCUGCUGCCUGCUCGUCGGCGCGAUGGUGCUGUGCCUCGGCGCGGCCGCCAGCUUGGGAGCCAUCGCGCACGUCCGCAACCUCAGGGGCAACAAGUCCAUAUCCUUCUUCCUGUGCCACCACAAGUCCUCGGGUGUUGCCAUGGCGCGCGUGCUCAAGUGGAAGUGGAGGGGCUCGACCGGCGUGGACGACACGUUCAAGCGCGUACACCUGCAGGCCGACGUCCAAGGGAUCUCGACCAGAUCGCUGGGGGACGUGGCGGACUCGGACAUGGUGGUCGCGAUCUGCACGUCGGAUAUCCUCGGAAGCCCGUGGUCCAUGGGCGAGCUGAUGGUGGCAAAGGGCAAACGCAUCCCGACCGUCAACUUGCAGUAUCCCGACUUCGCCUAUCCAGACCAGAAGCGCAACCACGUGGACCGCAUUAAGGGGCUGCACGAGCUCACCCACCUCGGCAUGAACGCCGACUCCGUGCUGACCGUGCUCGACUGGAUGCCGACCAACCCGCAGGUGAGUCUGCCGGACAGCCUUACCACCGCGGGCCUGACCAAUCUUGCCGACGACCUCUUGAAGCUCCGACGCCUGGGGGGGUCCAGCGACCCGUCGCUCAAGUGGAAGGGCGAAGGCGACCAGGACGCGCCCGUGGACGCCGCGUGCACCCUGAUCGUGGACACCCUCAGCCACGAGGCGUUCUGCGCGGCGCUGCUCCUCAAGGAGAUGAUCGAACACCUGGUCGUGGGCCAGGGCCUGAGGCUGCGCAUCCUCGGGGAGGGGGAGCCGAUCCCCAAGGCCUGCAGGCAGGCGAUCGUCGUCUGCUCGGUCGGGUGCUUCGGCACGGACCGCCUGACCUCGGCGCUCAUCGAGGCCGACGGGUCGGUGGUGCGGCUCGUGCCCGUCAUCGUCGAGCCCGGCUUCGAGCUGCCCUCCGCGACGAGCAGGGCGCACACGCGGGCCAACAGGGAGCGUGCCACGCUCGCCCGCGUCAUCGACGUGGUGGACAAGGUGUUCCUGGAGAACGAGCUGUUCUUUUUCCCUCGCGACAGCGCGCAGGUGCUCAACCUGCGCCUGCAGGAAGUCGCGGACGCGCUGCUCGCCGAGGCGGGCCGCGAGCCUGCGGGCCUCCCGGGAGCCGCGAGCGACGGGGGCCCGAGCGGUGGAGCCGGAGGCGACGGAGCGGCAGAGCUGGGCGAGGAACGCAAUGAUCAGGAGGGCAUCCCUCUCUAGAUGCGAGCGCCGAUGUCAUUCGUAUGCGAGGGCAUCCCUCUCUCAGGAGUGUUGAGUGGACGGCGUGCGCGUCGUUCGUGUACGAUGUACGAGGCUGCGGUGGGCCGCGGUGGGCAGGGGAUGCCCGGGGCGCGCGCGCCGAGCCGCGGCGUGCCUCCGCGGCCGCGUGCGGAGGGAGCUCGCUCUCUCGAGCCAGGAGGGGCCCCGCCGGAGUCCCGCGCUCGCCGAACCUCGGCUCGUUAUCGACUCUGAGAGACUCGAGCGGUCGAGGUCUGCCUGUUUUUCCUGGCCCGCGCGGGCCCCCUCCUCCCCCGUGCUCCGCUCCCUCUUGCUCCGCUCCCUCUUGCUCCUCUCUGUCUUUUUUUUUUUUUUUUUUUUUUUUCUCUCUCUCUCUCUCUCUCUCUCUCUCCUCCUUCCUACCCGAGCGAGCGCGCGGCGGCUCCCGUGGAGAGUCCGCCGGCUGACGUGCGCUUUUUUCAGCUUAGCAUCGCUCGGGCGUGUGCAUUUCUCCAUCGGGCCAGAAGAGGGUUGCUGUCAACAACAAGUGUUCCCUGCCUGGGCCGCGUCUUGUAGCGCCGCUUUUUUUUUUCAGGCCACACGGUCCCGCCUGCGCCUGGCACGGCGGUGCAUGCGAGAGUGAUAAUUCGCGUGGGAUUUUUAGCAGACGGGAUUUUGAUUACAUACGGGCGUAGACUAGAAAGAAUGGCAUCUCGCAAGCGCGCGCCAGAAUACAUAAUUUCUAAAAACGUGUCCGGGCACCGGUCAUAAUGCGCCCAUACGCGGACGAUGUGGCGACAUGGGCGCGCAUUGUCGCCGAUGAGCCAUUGCGCGCGCGUCUGAAUUGAUGUCAUAUGUUUAUAGAUAACGCAUGCUAGCGCACUGAAUAGACGACGGCCACACGACAAUUACGCU